CCAAUCUUAGUAUAUUAAAAAUAUAACUCGGCUCCAAGGCUUGAGGGAACAAAACAAAAUUUCUUGAUACUCCUCCCGCACUAAACCUCCAUGUAGGUAAUUUCACUCCCGCAAGCUUCGGAACCAAGUUAGAAUUUUACGAUACAAAUGAAAAUUGGCGUAUUCUCAGCUGUCACACCCUACGAACAGAUUGUUGUCGUAUUUCUGUAAUUCUAAAAUUUGUUGUCACAGUUUUUUUACCAUUUCGUGAUUUGCCGUUCGCCAACAAACAACCCUGUUUAAUUUUCCCAUUCUUUCCUCUGCUUAGUGUCCACUCUUUGAACUCCAAUAGAGCGCUUUCACUCACUUGGCCAGCUGCCAUGCAAAUGAAAGUGUUUACAGUAAAUAUGACCCAUAGGAUUGGUUUGGAACACCAACAUGGCCGCCGUUUCAUUGUUUUGGGAAUGGCUGCAGUGACUUCAUGUGAAAACACUCUAUACAUUCUACCCGGGACGUUUUGAUAGCACUCCCGGAUCAGGAACUUGGCGCCUGCUAACACAGGCUAGUAUAUUUCACACACCUCGAUCGCAGGCUCUGUCUCCUUUGCCUCCCCUAUCAGGAAGGCAAAGAAGAGAGAGCCUGGGAUCCAGCUACGAUGGUUGCGUGAUGUUUCAUGGUUGAUCGGUUUUCUCGGAAUUAUUGCGCACAAUUAAUGCGCACUGGACUGUUUACGAAGGUUUUUCUGAGAAUAAAGAACCGUUUUGAAAUUCGUAAAAGAAAAUGCUUCAGCCCUUUGAAGCAAAACAAGGCUAUUAAAAAUCAGCUAUAAAAAUAAUUGUACUUAAAUUUGACUAAAGGAAACAAUGGCACAGCCGCGCAAGUUUCAUCUUUUUAACUGCGAUAAUGUCUACCAGCUCGUCGAAGAUUUGUUGAAUGCAACGAAAGCGAAGCUUGGCUUCGAAUUCACAGUAGAGGAGCAUAGUUUCACUCUAUCUGAAAUGUCUGAGUUGAGUACGAAGACCAUUCCUGAAAUGAAGAUGGAUUUUGUAAUGUUUGUUGUGCAUGCGCACGAAUCUGUUCUACUCAUCAACAAUAAUAACUUGGAACACGGAUACGCCAAGGUUUACAGAGCUUUACUGCAAGCGACAGGAGAGAAUGUGAUCGUUGUUAUUGGAGGAGAUGACAACUACAAGAACGAAACCGAGGAAGAACAGUUUGUCAUCUCGCGCUGGGCCAAGAGAAAAAUUGCGUAUUCACAGUUCAGCGAGGAGUUCAUGAAUGGAAGAAAAAGCUUCGUCUUUUCGUGGAACAAAAGUCACAGACUGAUUCACGAAGAAGCCCUGCUACAUUACUUUGAUCAAAGCAAGAAAGGACAGAAGUUUGAAUAUCAACCGCGACAAGGACCAUCAUCACAAACACCGCAGUCAGCAAGCUCUACUGAACUUGAGAAAGAAGCCAUGGAAGAAGAUCCUGCACAGCAACUAAGUUCACUGGUCUCUCGCGUUGAAAUAAGCAAUGAAAUGGGCAGCAGGGCGCGCGCUAGACCUGAGGAGUUCAAUACUUCAAGAUCUCCUAAAGGUCAAUCACAAAGUGAUCUUUUUCAAAGACGUCGUUCAGACUGGAAACCAGAACAUGAGUGGAAUUCAAAAAGUAAGAAGAAACCAGCUCCGCAAGCCACAGCAACAACUGAGCCAUACCAUCCUCCUGCUAUAACUCGUGAGGGAGAGCCUGUCUUGCUGAGAAGUUUACUUCGUUUUGGAAAAAUAUCUUAUCAGUUAGAAGAUCUUCAACUAUGGGACCCGUCAUUUACGGUCCCAGAUGUCAUCAAUCAAAAUCUGAUUCAGCAGUAUCACGACACGCCCGUGACGGGAGUAACAAUCGUGCAAGGUAUUGAUGGCACACUUAGAUGGUUCGUUGAUCCAAAGUUGAUUGAAAUCUCGAGGUCAAGGUACGAAGGAAUAGAGAUCGCUAACAACGAAACUCUCCUGUUAAAAACUCGUAUCCGUGAAGGACUGGUAUCUCUUCAAGAUACUGAUGUAGACUUUAGGCAUGAAACUUGGCAAAUACCUCAGUUCAUCGUUGAGACUUUGAAAGAGGAAUAUUGGGCAACACCUUUUGGCUCUGUUUUGCUUGGAUAG